CGCACUCACCUACCCUCCGCCGUAUCCCUCCGCCGCCCUUCCUCGGCCCCUCUCCGCUCCAUCCCCUCUCUUCUUUCCCUUUCCCGAUCCCCCCUCCGGCCAUCCUCCACCGCCAUAAGAAUGUCGUCCUCCGAUUCCCACUCCAACACCACCGGCAAUCACAUCAUCGAACACAUCGUGCUGUUCAAAGUGAAGCCCGACGCCGAUCCGUCCGCCGUCGACGCCAUGAUCUCCAACCUCAACGGCCUCACCUCCCUGGAACAGGUCAUCCACCUCUCGGCCGGCCCGGUCGCCCGAUGCCGGUCCAAAUCGCUCGCCUUCACCCACAUGCUCCACUCUCGGUACAGAUCCAAAACCGACCUGGCCGCCUACUCGGAUCACCCCACGCACGUGAGCGUCGUGGCUAAUUACGUCAGGCCCGUUAUUGAGGACGUCAUGGCCGUCGAUUGGGUCGCCGACGGGUUCUCCGGCCCGGCGGCUGUUUCUCCCGGCUCGGCUGUGAGGUUGACGGUUCUGAAGCUGAAGGAGAGCGCGGGGGAGAGUGGGAAGGGCGAGGUUCUGAGGGUUGUGAGGGAGGUUAAGGAGAAGUUUACCUCGAUCGAGCAGCUGACCGCAGGGGAGAACUUCUCUCUGGGCCGGGCCAAGGGCUUCUCGAUUUGUUCAAUUGCGGUUUUCAAAGGCAGUAAGGAGUUGGAGGAGUUGGAUUCGGAGGCGGAGGCUGCGAAUGAGGAGAAGGAUAAGGUCAGGGGGCUUCUCGACGGCGUGUUGGUGGUGGAUUAUGCGGUGGGUGCAUCAGUUCAAACUGCCAACGCGUUAUCUUUUCUGCAAGCUCUUGAAGCCGACGCUGGCUAGAGAAAAAUGAGAGCAACAAAUAGUUUACGCGCAGAAAAAGAGGGAGGUUCGUAAGAGAUUCCUCUGGCAAUUGAAUACUUCUGCAAAAACGUGUGGACAUGUGGUUAAAAUGAGAGAUAUUAGAAAUGCCUUAUUUAUUGCAGCUGUUGUGUUAUAUGGGUACAAUGCAGGCUAUUUAAUAUAAUAAUGAUAAUUAGAAUAAUAAAGGGAAAAAAAAUAAAAUUUCAUUCAUAUGUAGUAUAUUUAUUGUUUUUCUUCUUCACAUUGAG